GAACCAUAGUGUAUUAGAUUUUUAGUUGAUUUUUGCUAAUCAAACUAUAGUCAAAACCAAAAGUUUAAGUGAAAUUAGUUUUUCAGUAUUUUUUUCACAUUUUGUUUUUCAAUUUUCUUUUUCAUAUUAAGAGGUAUGGAUCUGAUUCAAAUGGUGAUAUAGAUAGUACGAGAAGCCAGCUACAUGAUGUAUUAUAGAAUGCGACUCUGUCUGUUGAUAUAGAUUUUUCAUAAUUAAAAUAAUUUUUUUCUGUGAAACAAUAGGUUUAAGUGCCUUUCAGCAUUUUGCAUUUCCUAACCAAGAAAGUUUUCCUAAAUUGAAAUAUAUAUAUAUAUCAAUCGAUAGAGAAUUUCACGCUCUAUAAGUUUAUAAAACAAGAUUUUUUUUCUCGAGUCGAUCUUCACCUUCAAAACUUGGUUUUAGUGAGAAUAGUCAACAAAAGUGGAAAAAUUGAAUUACCUCCAACAAACUUCCUCUUAUUACAAUGUUUUAUACACCGUUAGAAAGAGCGUUCAAAACUGGACAAAUAUUGUAUUUGUAGUUCGACUAUCACUGAGUCUUCACACCCACAUUAUUGAAAUAAUGUUUUGAGAAACACAGUUAGCUAGUCUUUUUUUAAUUAUUUUGAUGGGAGAAAAAUGCUGACUAUUCUCAUUAAAACCAAGUUUUGAAGGUGACGAUUGACUCUAGAAAAAAUCUUAUUUUAUAAUCUGAUAGAGCGUGAAAUUUUCUAUCGAUUGAUAUAUUUUUUUUUUCAUUUUCGAAAAAAACUCUUGGUUAGGAAAUGUAAAAUACUGAAACGCACUUAAACAUAUUGUUUCAUAGAAAAAAAUUAUUUUAAUUAUGAAAAAUCGAUAUAAACAGACAGAGUCGCAUUCUAUAAUACAUCAUGUAGCUGGUCUCUCGUAUUAUCUAUAUCACCAUUUGAAUCAGAUCCAUACCUCUUAAUAUGAAAAAAAAAUUGAAAAACAAAAUGUGAAAAAAAUACUGAAAAAACUAAUUUCACUUAAACUUUUGUUUUUGACUAUAGAUUUUCUAUUCAAAGUAUUAUUUAUUUUAAAUUAAGACUUAUAUUUCUUUUGUUUUUGUAAAGAGUGCCAAUAGAAUUGCUGUUAAUUGACCAGAACGAAAUGGAACAAAUAAAUUUUAAUGAUACAACAAAUGAAUAAUACAGUUGUAUUAAAAUAUGAUUAUGGUUGGUCUCCUAAUGUUAUUUAUUCCAAAGAUACAGUUAUUAUUUAUGUACCUUAUUCAUGAAUUUCUGAUCAUCGUUAUUUUAUUACAUUCGAUAGCAGUUUGAACUUUCAAUAUUCAAUUUUCUUAUUCGUUUUCUCUUAUUUUAGAAGUAUCAUCAAGUGGAACUGAUUUUUAUCGUGCUGAAUCAGCACCAAUAACUGAUCCAAAUGAUAUUUGGAAUCAAAAUCUUUCGAGUACAACAAUAACUCCACCUACAAUACAUACAGUAAAAACAUGA